GGAUUCGUCCCAUGCAUGUCGUGGCAGCUUGACGGCCAUGGUAUGCCAUGGUAUGCGCCAGGCUACCUUACAGUGACAACGCCCACGGCUGGCCCGUUGCGGUCUAGCUGCGACACGCAUCCAUGCAGCUGCCCGCCUCGACCUGUGCUGAGGUCACUCUUAAGCCCGUCCCGUCACCAUUUCUAAUCAGUCCCUUAUCGGGACCUCGGACCAUUCCACGGGCGGCAACGCGACUCCAUCCUUCUGCUCUCCUCUAGUCUUCCUCUGACUGCCAUUGUCGCCUUGGGCCUCUUCGAGACGUAUACCAAGGCUGACUACUGCUACUGUUACUGCUGCUGCUGCUGCUGCUACUAGCUUGCUGCCCGCCAUGGCGCAAUCCCCAGAAGACCCUACCUCUUUGCCCGAACCCGUCAGUCUCGCCCAUUUGCUGUCACGCAGCACAAAAGCCCGACAAGCUUCGUCCAUCAAAGACUUCUACAAAUACUUUAGCAUUCCCGGCAUUGCUCAAUUAGCUGGAGGUCUGCCCGACGACCACUACUUUCCAUACGACACCCUUGAGGCCAAAGUCGCCCGCCCGGACCGAUGGCAGCCCUCCCCAAACAAGCCCCUCGACCCCCCUCCCGACGACCCCCCGUCCUGGCGAUUACCAUGGGCCUCGCCACGUAAGCGCAAGGCGCCACCUUCGUCGCGUUUGGUGGUGCCCAAGGACUCGAAUGUGCAGGAUCCUCUGCGCAUGAUCGAUCUCAAGUCGGCACUGCAGUAUGGCCAGGCCCAGGGCUACCCGGCUCUGUAUCAGUUCAUUCGCCAGUUCACACGUGAAAACCUACACCCGUUUGUUCCAUACAAGGACGGCCCCGAGAUCCUCUUGACAUGUGGCUCCACCGAUGGCUUUUCCAAGACCCUGACCGCCCUCAGCGACGAGUGGGCAGCAGAACACGACCCGCUCCAUGAGCGACCAGGCUUGCUAUGCGAAAAAUACGCCUACAUGAACGCCAUCCAGACUGCCAAGCCACGAGGUUUCAACAUUGUACCCGUUGCCAUUGACGACGAGGGCAUGAGGGUAUCCGGACCAGGCGGUCUGCAGGAUGUCCUGGAUAACUGGGAUUUGACAAAGGGACGCCGACCCCACAUCAUGUACACGGUGACCAUUGGUCAGAACCCCACGUCAGGCACCCUGUCUGUGCAGCGGCGCACCGACAUUUAUGCGCUUUGCGUAAAGUACGAUAUUGUCAUUGUAGAAGAUGACCCAUAUUGGUACCUCCAGUACCCCUCGUCGCUGCCUAGCGGUUCCACGCCCCCAAAGCCCAAGAAGUCGUCAGGUUUCGAGUUCUUGGACAGCCUGAUUCCCUCAUAUCUCAGCGUUGACUACCAGGGUCGCGUAGUACGCCUCGACACUUUCUCCAAGACGGUCGCUCCAGGAUGCCGCCUUGGCUGGAUUACCGCACAGCCUGCCCUCAUUGAGCGCCUCCUGCGCAUUACAGAGACUUCGACUCAGCAGCCGUCUGGUUUCGUGCAGUCGAUGAUUGCAGAACUGCUCAUGGGUCCACAGUCAUCAAAAGACGCUGGCAAGGGUGGCGCGGCAGACGGAAGCGGCUGGAAAGUCGACGGCUGGGUGCGCUGGCUUGAAGGCUUGAGAGGCAACUACGAGCGACGCAUGCAGAAGAUGUGUGAUACCCUUGAUGCCGGGAAAGAGGUGGUCAAGGCUGGUCGCCGCCAGAGUCUUGUCGACAUUACUGAAGGAGACGAUUGGGCGGUUGUCGAGAAGACGCCGAUGUACACAUUUGUCCGCCCACUUGGCGGCAUGUUUGUAUGGGUUCGCUUCGACUUUUCCUCGCACCCGCUCUGCAGACAAGUUGCACCCACCCGCCUAUCCCGUGCCCUCUGGGUGCUCUGGACAACCAAGCCUUUCCUCUGUCUUGUGGCUCCUGGCAGCAUGUUUGCAACCAGUGACGAGAUUCGGGAAAAAGACAGCUUCAAGUGCUUCAGACUAUGCUUUGCUGCUUGUCCAGCAGACGAGGUCGAGGACAUUAGCCGGAGGUUUGUCGAAGGAGCGCAAGCAUUCUGGAGAAUCAAGAACAAGGUUCGCAUCGACAAGUUGCUGCAAGAUGAGGGCAGCGCGAUUGCGGGUGUAGAUCAUACUGCUGGUAUGGCCGUUUUGACUGGCCUGUGCUAGAUUUCCUUUCUCUCUCUCUCUCUCUCUCUUUCGUUUGGGAGUCAUGCGUCAUGGCCAUUUCCAGGAUAUACACAAGUAACGAUGUAUCGGUACAUUUUAGAGACGAAUAC